AUGGAAAUGAGUCGGGUUGCAGGGCAUCUGUACGGAACGCCUCGGCCAGAAGAGUGUUAUGAAAGUGCAGCGAUGGUGAGCUGUAGCAAUAAAGGACCACUACCACCGAACUGGGAGAUCGGUUAUGCGGAGAAUGGCGACAAGUACUUCAUAGACCACAACUCCGGCACCACCACAUGGGAAGACCCGCGAGAUCUACCGCCCGGUUGGGAGCAGGUUGAUGAUCCUGAGUACGGAACGUUCUUCGUUGAGUAA